UAGCCUCCCCAGUAGCAGAAACUGAAAGUAGUUUUUUAACAAAUCGAUAUCCUCAUUAAAAUAUUGACUGUGUGAUUGUAUACUGUCGCAGACAAGUCUAAAAAAAACUGUAAUGUAUUUUUAACAAGUUCAUGUGGGAAUAAUUAUUUCUCAAUACACUAAUCAUUGACUAAUUAUCAAUAAAGACAUGUUUAUAAGUUCAAGUGUGUUUUACAUCAUUUUAGUCAUAGGAUAUUCAUAUGCUAGGCUUCAACCCUGGUCACCAGCUUCUUUUAACAGCGAUGAUGUUCCUUAUUUGGAUUUAAAUUCACUUGACAAUGGAUACCAUGGUCUCAUUAAAGAAAAUGAAACUCUUGUUGAAGUCACACCCCAAAUUCAUGCAUUGGGUGCAACAAUAUGUUCAUAUCGUAUUGUGAAUAAACAUCAUGGUGAUGCACCAUUUGACAUAACUCUCAAAGAAAAUGGUUAUGCGGAAUUACGGGCUUUACAGGAAAAACUCAAUUGUAAAAAGCGUCGUAAUUAUAAAUUCGACAUUGCUGCAGUGGCUUGUAAUGGAGCACAAUCACAAAAUGUAACUGUACAUAUAACUGUAAUUGAUGUGAACAAGUACGCGCCGCAGUUUUUGCAGCCUGCUUAUGUAAGUACAGUUGAUGAAGGUCGGCUAUAUGAAGAAGUAGUUCGUGUAAAAGCAUCAGAUCGUGAUUGUACCCCUAAAUUUGGUGAUGUAUGCAAAUAUGAAAUUCUUACUGCUGAUCAACCAUUUGUUAUUGACAAUGAGGGUGUUAUUCGUAACACAGAACCACUGGAUUAUGAGCGGUCACAUAAUUAUAUUUUGAGUGUUGUAGCGUAUGACUGUGGUAUGAAACAGUCAUCUCCUGCUAUGGUAACCGUUAAAGUAAAUCGAAUUUGCUCACCGGGCUGGCGUGGAAUUCCAGAACGAGUUGAUUAUGCUCCUGGCGCAGGACCCCAACCACUAAUUCCAUCUGCAAGACUUGAGUUGUGCGAUGCUCCUUGCAUAUUAAGAAAUAUUCGCUCAACUUUAACUCUUGCCACUGAUCAUAUUGGAAAAGGCUGUGAUCGUGAUACUUAUAGCGUACAAAGUCAAAGAAAACUUUGCGGAGCAUCUAGAGAUAGUGUUGACUUAUUACCUACUCCAGGACCCAAUACCACUUGGACUUCUACACUUUCUCGAGAUGAAGGAAGAGAAGCGGAUGAAAUAUUCGAAUUCGAUGGCAUCAAUUCAGCCGCUAUAAUACCAGCUGAUCGAUUAGACCAUACUUUGGCACAAAAAUUCAGUAUUGGAGUUUGGAUUAAGCAUCGACCUCGACUACGGCAAGAUAUUCACGAUAAGGAGCAUAUUUUAUGUGCUGCAGAUGAUCAUAAAAUGAACCGCCAUCAUUAUGCCUUCUUUAUCCGAAACUGCCGACUAAUACUUCUUUUGAGGCGUGAUUUUUCUGAAAGCGAUCCUAACAUAUUCCGCCCAGCUGAAUGGCGAUGGAAAAUUCCUCAGGUAUGUGAUGACCGAUGGCACCAUUUUACUGUUCAAGUAGACUUCCCUCAAGUAACGCUAUUUGUGGACGGUAAAGAAUGGAAAGCAGAUGAAAAAAAUCCUGAGGUAAUUGACGAUUGGCCAUUACAUCCAGCAAAGGGUGUAAAUACUACCCUAGUUGUCGGUGCAUGUUGGCAAAGUUCUGAAAAUAAAACAAAACAUCACUUCCGUGGUUAUAUGGCUGGUCUGUCAGUACUUAUCGGACAUAAUGAGAAACCGGAAGUAUUAACAUGUCUACGACGUUGUCAAGAGGGUGUUCAUGUGCCAUCUAUGGAUUUACUUCAGCCUGGUACACAACUACUAACUAAUUCUGAUUUAACUGAAGUACGGAUUGAUGGUGAUAAUCACACAAAUGUAGAAACGCUUUUACGUCGUAUUGGCUAUUUUAAUACACGUCGUUUUCCAACACCUGGUCGUCGUAAUUUCCGAAUCGAUACAAGUAUUUUAUGUGAGGGAAACGAAGCGCGUCCAUUAAUAAUUCCCUCAGUCCAAUCUUAUGUUACUGUAUUGCCAUCUCCACGUCCAGGUAUUACUGUAAAUGGAACAGCCUUUAUUGCACGGGAAUAUACUGAUUUCCGUACCGGUGUUCGAAUUUUCCCAGAUACUAAAGUCACUGCAGGUUCCGCUGCUCGAUUAGAUGCAUGUGCUGUAAGUGUUUAUCCGAGUUUAAAUCCCGAUCAUGAGUCUUUAGAAUUACCUAUUGAUACUCUUCAUCAAUUCCGAUCGAUUAUUGCAAGAACUGACCGUGACGGUGUAGUAUUGUCAGGCGCAGAUACUCCUUAUAAUUAUCAAAAAUUAAUUAGAUCUAUUAAAUAUACUAAUCAUAAACCAGCUUACUAUCUUGACCGUGUAUUUAAAUUAACGUGUUCUGAGCUAAGCGGACGUUUCGCUAGCAACGAAUAUGUUCAAACUCUGGCCGUAAUUCAUCCUAAAGAGAAACCAACCUUUGCGCCGCAACCUACUUUAGAGCUUCCACUUAUUUCAAAAAUACUCGAGCCAUUACCAGGACAUGCACAAUUAUCACAUUAUCAUGCUGAAACUCCUGAUGAAUAUGCAACUACUGCCCUACGAGAAAACACUAAAAGUAUUACUGGAACAGGUGGAAGUCAUGCAAUAACAAUUGUAGCUGCUGCUUGUAUAGCCUUUUUGUUACUUAUGGCUAUUGUGGGAGCUGCUAGAGUUAGAGGAGCAACUAAGGGACGUCGUACCGCUGGAGACGAGCUUGCAGCUGAAACUGAAAUGGCCUGGGAUGAUUCAGCUCUUGCCAUAACAGUUAAUCCUAUGGAACAUUUAUCUGAAAAUAAUUGUAAUACAUACAUUCGAAGAGAUGAAGAUGCUGAAGACUCAAUAAGCUCUGACUCUGAAGAUGAUUCGUUCCAUGAUGAUGAUUUAGACACUAGUGACUGUGAAAAUGAUUGUGAAUCAUCGAACAAACAGAGUCACCGCCAUCACAACGUUCCACAUGAUCUUGAAUGGGAUCAUCGUGACGUUUAAUUUAGGAUAUACUUCACAGAUUGAUUAUGUAAGCGAUCUGAAUUUGUGAAUCAAUACUUGAGAAGGUACUGAAUACAAAAUUAGAGGAAAAUAUAUCAAUUUAAUUUCAAAGUUAAAGGGGGGCAAUUUAAAAAAAAAAAGAUUUUCACAAACUAAUUUUUUUUAACUCGCUCUUUUUUGUUUUAUUUGUAAAGGAUUACAAAUAUAUUUCAAUCAUGUGACGUUAUUUUUAUUUUUAAGAAUGCAAUAACGGAUGUUUGAGUAAUAUUAGAAGAGAAAUUUUACAAUUUGAGCCUACUCAAUUACAACAAGAAAGAUGUUUAAGAUUGUAGUGAUGAAGAAUAUAAAAUCAUCCUAAACAUCACAUUGUAUCCGUCCCUAAAGAUGGAAUUUUUUAAAAAUAUACCUAUAGUAACCACUUA